ACCGCGCCACUUCCUUUCUUCUCGGUCUUGUGGUGGUCCAAAAUGUCGCUACUAGACGGUCCGCUAAAUGUGCUCGGCCAGAGAACAUCUGGCGAGUCUGUUCGCACUCAAAAUGUCAUGGCCGCAUCAUCCAUCGCAAACAUCGUCAAGAGCUCCCUGGGACCUGUUGGCCUUGACAAGAUGCUGGUGGACGACAUUGGGGACGUGACCAUCACCAACGAUGGAGCAACCAUCUUAAAGCUGCUGGAAGUGGAGCACCCAGCUGCCAAGGUCCUGUGUGAACUGGCUGACCUGCAGGACAAAGAGGUCGGAGAUGGGACCACGUCUGUGGUAAUUCUUGCCGCAGAGUUGCUCAAGAGUGCAGAUGAGCUGGUGAAGCAGAAGAUUCACCCCACGUCAGUCAUCAGUGGAUAUCGUCUGGCUUGCAAGGAGGCUGUACGCUACAUCAGUGAGAACCUCACGAUUGGGACAGAUGACUUGGGCCGAGAGUGCCUAAUCAAUGCAGCCAAGACCUCCAUGUCCUCCAAAAUCAUUGGAGUUGAUGCAGAUUUCUUUGCGAACAUGGUAGUGGAUGCUGCCUUGGCCGUGAAGUUUGUGGACAGCAAGGGUGUGGCCAAGUACCCCAUCAACUCUGUCAAUGUGCUGAAAGCCCAUGGCCGCAGCCAGAAAGAGAGCUUCCUGGUCAACGGAUACGCAUUGAACUGCACAGUUGGCUCACAAGGCAUGGUGAAGAGAGUUCUCAACGCCAAGAUUGCUUGCCUGGACUUCAGCCUGCAGAAGACCAAGAUGAAGAUGGGAGUCCAAGUCAUCAUCAACGACCCAGAGAAGCUUGACCAGAUCAGACAGAGGGAAUCUGAUAUCACCAAGGAGAGGAUCCAGAAGAUCCUGGCAUCAGGGGCUAACGUCAUCCUGACCACUGGUGGCAUUGAUGACAUGUGCCUGAAGUACUUUGUGGAUGUUGGAGCCAUGGCAGUGAGGAGAGUUCUGAAGAGGGACCUCAAACGCAUUGCCAAGGCAGCAGGCGCCACCAUCUGCCCCUCUCUGACCAAUUUGGAGGGAGAGGAGACAUUUGAGGCCACCAUGCUCGGCCAGGCUGAAGAGGUUGUGCAGGAACGCAUCUGUGACGAUGAACUCAUCCUUGUCAAGAACACCAAAGCACGCACAUCAGCCUCCAUCAUUUUGCGCGGGGCCAACGACUUCAUGUGUGACGAGAUGGAGCGUUCACUGCAUGAUGCUCUCUGUGUGGUGAAGAGGGUGCUGGAGUCAAAGUCUGUGGUGCCAGGAGGUGGUGCUGUGGAGGCAGCACUAUCGAUCUAUCUGGAGAACUAUGCCACCAGCAUGGGUUCCCGAGAGCAGCUGGCUAUUGCUGAGUUUGCUCGGUCUCUCCUCGUCAUCCCCAAAACGCUGGCUGUAAAUGCAGCACAAGACUCCACUGACCUGGUGGCCAAGCUCCGCGCCUUCCACAAUGAGGCUCAGGUUAAUCCUGAACGCAAGAAUCUCAAGUGGAUUGGUCUGGACCUGGUCAACGGCAAGCCCAGAGACAACCGCCAGGCUGGCGUGUACGAGCCUACUAUGGUCAAGACAAAGAGCCUCAAGUUUGCCACAGAGGCUGCCAUCACCAUCCUCCGCAUUGACGACCUCAUCAAACUGUUCCCAGAGCCAAAGGAGGGCGGGCAGUCGUACAGGGAUGCCGUCCAGUCAGGAUCUCUGGAGGGUUAAAAUGCUGUUACUGAUCCUGAUAACUUCAGCAUCUGUAUUUAUACGUAAGGAGCUCUUCAUGGCUGUUGCUCUAGUGUAGGCCGUGCACUUUGCCUGUUUACUGUUGUCCCACUCCCUCUCGCUUUGGACCCCCCACUUCCAAAGGAACUGUAAGUGAUUGUUUUUUUGGACAUUUAAUAAAAGUGCUAAUGGUUGGAAAUAACCAUUCCUUCAA